AUGGUAGCUGAGCUGCAACAAGCUAAUCAACGAAUGGCUGACGAGAACCAAAUAAUGGUUGCUCAAAUUGCCGAACUAAAUCAUGUUCGGAUUGAACACAACGAUGCUCGUCAAGCGGAAGACGAGGAGCAUCAAUCCCAACCAACUCAUGUUUCAGAAAACGCUCGGCACGAAGAGCAGCAGCCCGAAGAUGAGAAAGAAGAGUCUGAGGACUCUGUAGGCCCUUUUACAGAAGAAGUAAUGAACUUCGAAUUACCAAAGAGGUUCACCCUGCCGUUGACCCUCACGCCUUAUAAUGGACUCGGUGACCCGAGGAAGUUCAUAAAGAAAUUCCGAUCAAUAAUGAUCGUCAAUGGUGCAUCAGAUACAGUCUUAUGUCGUUGUUUUCCGAAUUAUUUAGACUGUCCUGCACUUGAUUGGUUGUGUGCUUUGCCUGCAGGUUCCAUUUCGCGCUUUCAUCAGUUGGCGAAGUUAUUUGAGGAACAUUUCGCCGGAUCCGCAAUAUAUUUGCACGACUCCGAUUACCUGAACACUAUCAAGCAAGGGCCAAACGAAAGCUUAAAGGACUAUAUGACUCGCUUCACCAAGGUCGCAAUCAGCAUACCAGAUCUCCACCCCGAGGUCCAUCUGCACGCAAUUAAAAGCGGCCUCCGACCCGGGAAGUUCCAGGAGAUGAUCGCAGUAGCAAAGCCGAAGACUCUAGCAGAAUUUCGCGAGAAAGCAAAAGGACAAAUUGACAUCGAGGAGCUCAGACAAGCUCGGAAGUCUGACAAGUCACACUUCCGUGAAGAAGAUAAGAGCUCAUCCCUUAAGAAAAGUUUUAAACUAACACCUCGAUUCGAUUCUUAUACGCAGUUUAACACCAAGAGGGAAGACAUAAUCAAGGAAAUCUUGAACUCCAAACUAAUCAAGCCACCGAAAAAAGCCGGCACAUACCAAGAUGCAAAGAACGUGGACAAAUCAAAGUACUGCACUUUCCACCAGAAACAUGGCCACAACACCGAUGAUUGUGUGGUCGCCAAAGAUCUUUUAGAACGACUAGCAAGACAAGGGCACCUUGACAAAUACAUUGGUGGUCACAUCCAAAAGCGCGGCCCAAGUUCCACAACACACGACCUCUCUGAACAACACCGAGGAAAAGAGAAGGCAUCUUCAAGCCAAUAUGAAAGACCACGAGGUAUAAUCAAUUGUAUUUCAGGAGGAUACGCAAGUGGAGGAUACUCAAACUCAGCAAGAAAAAGAUCGUUUAAAGUAAUAUGCUCGGUAGACGGACCGAAACAAGAUGUAACAAUCUCUAAUCCACAACCAGAAGUCACUUUCACACAUGCCGACUUAACUCCAACAUACAAAAUUUGGACGAUCCUGUGGUAA